UGGAGAAUGAGUUUCUUUUUGACAUCGAUAAGGAGGUGUGGGGACGUGUUUAACCUGAACGUCCAGCUCAAUCCUGCAUGUUUUUGAUACAUUUAGAAGCUUGAGUGGCCUGUCAUUGUAAGCUUGGCAUUUGACCUAGCCGGGAGUCACCUUGAAUCAUUGCUACAGAGAAGCAAUCAUGUCAAUCCGAAGUGUGCUCACAAGGGAUCUUAAUGAGAGCAUCAGAACCUGUCUGGGACGGGCUGUGAAGAUAUCCAUGAAAUGCAUGGUUAGAAUGGAGACCAAGCAAGACAAAUUUGAGAACAGAGUACUGGCCUUCUCUGCUUGCCGUCUCUUCAUCAUGACCGCCAAAGUUCCUUCACGGAUCGACCACCAUUUCCACUAUCUGGACAUCCAGGCAAUUGAAAGCAAGCAAACAACAGAGUUCUGCCUGGUGGUCAAUGACAAGCGUUACACGUUCAUCCCGGCGGACGACAGGCACAAUGAGAUUGACGCCAUGAUCAUCAAUCUGGGCGUCUCCAUCAAGAACAUCUUCCCUUCAGUGCCACUCAGUCACAUUGUGCGCAAGCUGGACGUCGUGCCGGCGCGCCGCGUGCAAAAGCUGCACGAGGUGGCGCGCCUGGUGGAGGCGCGCGAGCCGGUGCCGUGUGGCGGCUUCUCCACCCAGUACGCGUGCAUGUGCGACUACCACAACCUGCCCUACCGGGAGGAGGUGGCCUGGGACGUGGACACUAUCUACCUGUCACACGACUCCCGUGAGCUCAGCCUGCAGGACUUUGACCACCUGGACCCCAAGGACCUGGUGCCCAUCAUCUCGGCGCUCGAGUACAACACGUGGUUCACCAAGCUGCGUAUCUCGCACCUGCGGCUCUCGCACGAGGCGGCCGAGCGGCUGCUGCACGUGCUCAAGAAGUCAGUCAGCCUGGAGGAGGUGUACCUGGACAACACCGGCCUCAAGGCGGACCUGGCUGGCAAGCUGUCGAUGGCGCUGCUGGCCAACACCAGCUCGCUGCUGACCGUGCUCGACGUGUCGCACAACGCCGUCGAGGACAAGGGUGUAGCCCAUUUUGUACCUGCCAUAGCCAAGAUAGCCGAGACUCCACCAGGCGCCUCACACCUGACGGGCCCCGUCGGCCGGGCCUCCAAGGGCCUGAAGCGGCUCGGCUUCGCCCACUGCAACCUGACGGCCAAGGGCGUCAACCAGCUCUGCCACGCGCUCAGCCUCAACCGCACCAUGUCCACCACGCUGACGGCGCUCGACCUCAGCGGCAACAACAUGAAGGAGGAGGUGACCAACCUGUACAACUUCCUGGCGCAGCCCAACGCCGUGACGUCACUGAACGUCAGCGGCUGCGACCUGCUGCUGGACUCGAUAUUCGGCGCCCUCCUGCGGGGGUGUACCACCCACCUGGCCCGGCUGGACGUCUCCAAGAAUGUGUUCAACACCAAGAAGUCCAAGGACAUUCCGCCGUCGUUCAAGCAGUUCUUCACCAGCACGAUCGCGCUCAAAUACCUCAACUGCUCGAGCUGCCGGAUGCCCCUGGAGGCGCUCAAGAACCUGCUGCUUGGCCUGGCCUGUAACGAGUCUACGGUGGACGUGGAGCUGGACCUGAGCGCCAACAGUCUGGGCCCGCCCGGCGCGCACGUGCUCGAGUCCUGCAUCCACGGCGUGAAGUGCAUCGCCUCGCUGGACAUCAGUGAAAACGGCCUGGAGCAGGACCUGGCCGGCGUUGUGACCGCUGUCAGCCGCAACAAGUCGGUACGCAUCCUCAAGAUGGGCCGCAACAUGGCCAACACCAAAUCCAAGCACGUACAUCACGUGGUGGAUGCGGUGGUACAGAUGAUUCAGGAGGAGGACUGCAUGCUGGAGGUGCUGUACAUCAACGACUCGCGGCUGAAGGCCGACCUCUAUAGUCUGCUGAACGCGCUCGGCAGCAACAACUGCCUACAGACGCUGGACAUCAGCGGUAACCUGAUGGGCGACACGGGCGCCCGGCUGCUCUCCAAGGCGCUGCAGAUCAACUGUCGGCUGCGCCAGAUCAGCCUCGAUCGGAACGGCGUCAGUCUGCAGGGCCUCUCCGACAUCGCCUACGGCCUGCAGAGCAACCACACGCUGAAGUACAUCCCGGCGCCGCUGUACGACCUGGCGCCGUGCAUGAAGCUGUCGCCGGAUCGGACGGAGGCGGUGUGGCGCCGGCUGCAGGACCUGCUGCACCGCAACAUGGCGCCGCAGAUGCGCCACAGUGGCCAGGCCUUCCGGCUCCAGCAGGGUCUGCUGCUGAGCAGCGCCCAGCAGAUGCUGGACCGGCUGAUCGGCCAGAUCCGGGAGCAGGUGCGCACGCUGCGCGAGAAGACGCCGCCGGACGACGAGCGGGCCGAGCUGCCGCUGAGUCGGGCGGAGGCCGUCUGCGAGGACGCCCAGCGCUGCAAGCAGCUCAUGGCUCGGUUCCACACGGUCGUGAUGGAGCGGGAGGCGUCCGGCAAUCCGGUGGAGCUGAAGCUGAGCCAGGUGGCCGAGCAGCUGCACUCGGUCAUCGCCCAGCACAUAGAGGCGACCGUGGACCGGAUGCUGGAGGCGGCCGAGGCCGAGUGUCCGCACGUGCUGCUGUCGGCCGUGCAGCAGGCUAUCCGCUCGGCCAGCGCCGAGCGCGUGCGGCUGGCGCUGCCGGCCGACCAGGUGCGCUCGGCGCUGCAGCAGCGCGCCGGCUCCGAGCUGGCCGAGCGCGUCAACGAGCUGCACGUGGCCGUGGCGGCGCAGGUCAGCGACCGCGUCGUCGAUGAGGUCAUCGAGAGCCUCACCAGGAGCUACCAGGAACUGACGGGAGAUGCGGGCCGCAAGCGCGCCUGCACGCCGGACGUGCUGAAGUCGCACCCGCGCCCGCCGGAUGGCGCCGAAGCCGGCGGCGCCGACAGCAGCCACUCCAAGGAGGACGUGGGCAGCGAGCGCUCGGACCCGUCGCCGCCGAAGCUGGAGUACUUGAAUUUGGCGACUCCCCAGCUACAUGCCAAGAAGCUAAACCUUCAGGGCCGGAAGAUGCGCCCCAAGUCUGUUGUCGACUCCGUGGAGGGCGUCUCUGCCGAGCGCAUCCCCGACCUGCUGCCCAGUCUGGACUCCACCGAGGAAGAGGUCGACACGGUGGCCGAGCUGCCGGCCUCGGCGUACCAGCUGCGCCAUCUGGGCACGCGUCCGCGGCGCGCCAAGAGCCGCGCGCCCACGCGGCCCGUGGUCGGCGGAAGGGCGCCUGACGUCGACACCGGCCUGGACGUGUUCUUCCCGCCGGCGCGCUCGCUGCCCAGCAGCCCGCUCACCUCGCCGGACUCCGAGUCCCGACAGCUGAUGACCACGUCUGCCGACAACACACCCCACCUGGGCCUGGAGCGCGCGCGGCGCACGCCCGCCCACCGCGAUGACGACGCCCACCGCGAGAAGAAGAGCAGCAGCGGUGUCAAGAAGGGCAUCUCGUCAGUGUUCAGCAAGCUGGCGGCGGAUCGUGUGGCCCGCAGCCGGGAGGACCGCGACGGCGGCGAGCCGGCCAAGCUCAGGAAGCCGGCCGACACGGCCGACAGCGACUCGUCGGCCGGCUCCGGGAGUGCGGACAGCUUUCUGAACCACCUGCUGUCGCCUCCGGUGGUGCCGCCGGCUGAGGAGGGCGCCGAGCCGGCACUGCGCCGCCCGGCCGGCCUCGCCGGCACCGACCUGCUGGCGGAAAUGCGCGCCAAACAGGAGAAGCGCGCCAGUCUGACGCCCAAACACACGCCCGAGGAGCUGGAGGAGCGCUCGCCGCUGCAGGAGGUGAAGGGUCGCAGCGCCGCCCUGGCCGCCGCGCUCAAGUCGCCGUCGGCCGGCCACCACGGGCCGCCGUCGAUCAGUCCCAAACCCAGCCUGGCCAGUAAGCCUAAGCAGGCGUCCCCCGUGCCGGGCCUGGCCAAGCCGCCGCCGCUAGGGCCGAAGCCGCGGCCCAAGUCCAUGGCCGGCCGCACUGAGACCCGCUGCUCCGGUGGCGGCAACACGUCGGGAGACGAGACGCCGCCGGCGGACGUCGGUCCAAGCUCUGACUCGUGGACCGGACGGCAGAUGGCAGACGGCGCCGCAGCUAACAGCUCGAGCCGCGCUAGCGACUCGCCAACAGAUGGGAGCGGUGCGCCCAGCGCCCAACGCCAACCCAAACGGUUAACGUCGGCAGAACUCGAGAGUCUGCUGGAGAGCUCAGUUGACGGGCCGCCGCCGAGCGAGCCGAGCAUCGCUGACGGCGUGUCGCCGUCGCCCGUGCCAAACCUGAUCCUCGACCAGGCGUACUCGCUGGAUGACGUCAUCAACGUGUGACGCCGCCGGGCCGCGCCGGUCGAGCCCCAGCUCAAACGCGCGGUGUCGGUCAGCGCGGCGGCUGCGGCGGCCUGUGCCGUUGGCGCCGCCGCCUCCCCCCGGCGCCGUCUCGGGCGGCGGUGUGGCGCCGCACGCGCGCCUCCCAAUACUCAGCGCCGCUGCCGGCCGGCGCUGCCUUCCGCGUUGUGAUUUUUAUCCAUGCAACUCACAGGCGCAUCAGCAGCUUACUGGCAUUUAUUGGACUUACCGCUAGCGCACAAGGCGUGUUUGUGUACGUGCCGAGACAGGUGGACGUGGACGCCCACGCUGCGACGGCGGCGUGCCCGACGUCGGAGCCUGGCUGAGAUUAGGGACGACAGGCGGCGUCCGAGACGUGGCGAGGGUCGCGUAGGGACGGGCGAGCUCUGUGGCGGCCCGGCCGCCUGCUGGCGGGUCACGUGGUCCCUGAUGGUGGCGCUUCUGGUUCGCUUCUGAAAUUCUUGGUUUGUUGUCUGUGUUCGGCGAACGGUGAGCGAUCCAGGCGGAUAGGUCGGGUUGCGUGUUAUGCUCUAUUAUGUUCUCGUACCA